AUGCCAUCGUCAGAGAUAAGGGCAGAAGACUUCUGCGACUUCCACUUCGACUUCCUCAUAGUCGGCGGCGGCACUGCUGGCUUAGCCGUUGCCUCUCGCCUCUCUGAGAAUGCGUCUCUGAAGGUCGGAGUGCUCGAAGCAGGUCUAGAAGUCUAUGACAAUGAACGUGUAGACAUCCCGGGUUGGUUUGGAACCACUUUGGGGACCGAGCUGGAUUGGCAAUUUGAAACAACACCACAAGCCGGGCUGGGGGGACGUACUUUACCCUGGCCCAGAGGAAAGGGCCUCGGAGGUACAAGCCUCCUGAAUUUCAUGACUUGGAACCGCGCAAGCAAGCAAGAUUAUGACGCCUGGGAAAGGCUGGGCUGCAAGGGAUGGGGCUGGGAUGGCAUCAUACCAUUUUUGAAGAAGUCGGAGAAAUUCCACGCACCCAGCCAAGAGACUCAGGUGGCCGACAAAGCUUACUAUGAUGCGAGUGGUUUUGGCACUUCUGGGCCCAUCAAUGUCUCGUAUGCGACAGAAUACUCAGCUUCACAUCAGUAUUGGCAUGACACGCUCCAGCAGUUAGGCAAGAUACUUCUCGAGAAACAUGAUGGGCUCUGGACGGCCAAAGGUGUCCAAUUCACGAGCCAAGCCAAGACUUUAUCUGUGUUUGCAUCCAAAGAAGUGAUCAUAUGCGCUGGGACCGUCCAGUCACCUCAGAUACUUGAGCUCAGUGGUAUUGGAAACACAGAAGUCCUCAAGAAAGCUGGAAUUGAGACGAUAGUUUCAAGUCCCUUUGUUGGAGAGAAUCUUCAAGACCAUAUCAUGGCUGCCUCCAUCUACGAAGUUGAUUCUGACUUACCCAACCCCGACGAUUUGAAGACAAGCACUGCUGCUGCUGCCGCUCGCGAAGAGUACAAGUUGAAAAACACCGGGCUACUGACAAUCCUCGCCAAUUCUAUUUGCUACCUCAGUUUGUCUCAAAUCAUGUCGGACGACACCUUAUCGCGCUUGACUGCCAAAGCCAGGAGUAUUCAGGGCGACUUUACCGAACGCAACGAAAUUCGGAGAGACCGUUUUGAUACAUCCUUCCCGAGACUGGGCCAAAUUGAGUACAUCUUUGAUCUUGGCAACUGGAAUCCAUACUUUCAGCCAGAUGCUUCAUCAAGUGGAAAGAAGUACGGGACAAUGCUACAGAUCUUACAAUACCCCUUCUCGAGGGGUAGUAUACAUGUCCAAUCUAGCUCACCCUUUGAGAAGCCGGUAGUCGAUCCACGGUAUUAUCAGAAAGGUGGUGGAGAUCUGGACCUUGAAAUCAUGAUAGAAUGUGCAAAAUUCGCCGAGAAGAUUACGCAAACCCUUCCACUUGCAAGCAUAGUCCGCGGCCGCGUUGUGCCACCGGCUCCAGCAAAAAGUGACGAUGAAUUGAGGGAUUGGCUUGUGAAAGAGACCAUCACUGACUGGCACCCUAUCGGGACAUGUGGCAUGGGAGGAGAUCGUGGUAUCGCAGGAGGCGUGGUUGAUGAAAGAUUAAGGGUAUAUGGUGUGAAGGGAUUGCGAUUAGUGGAUGCUAGUGUCAUGCCUUUGCAGAUCAGCGCUCAUCUUCAAGCUACAGUGUAUGCCAUCGCCGAGAAGGGUGCAUGUAUGAUACUGGAAGACUUGCAAGACUGUUAG